AUGGCUAACCAAACAGUGACCUCCGUCAGCCCGACCCUAUCACCAUCACCAGGUUAUGGGUUGGUAAUAAGCUCUACAGUUACUGGCAUCUUCAGUGCCGUGGGCACCAUAGGCAAUGGCAUGGUGAUUACGGCCUUCUGCACUUACAGACAGGUACGAACGUCCGCAAACUCCUUCAUCCUCAGCAUCAGCAUCAGUGACAUCAUCAUCACCGGUUUUCAGUACCCAGUAGGGAUGGCCUCCAGCAUCAUUGGUGCCCCCUCUCUAGGACACGCCAUGUGCCCCGUACUAGGUGCCUUAUUCUACUUCAGUAUCUACGUAUCGUUGUCAUCUAUGGUUCUGAUCGCCUUCAACAGAUACAUACGAGUCACCAAGUCACCACAAACACACAUGAAACUGUUCAGCCCCUUCAGGUCGUUUUUGUGGAUUCUGUUGUCGUGGGUUGUGAGUGUGUUGUUGGUAGUUCCGGCUUUUGUAGGCUACGGCGAAUUCGGUUGGAACAGAAGUCGAAUCUGUGGUAUCAUGGAAGGCAGUCCUUACAGUGCACACUAUGUGUCCACCGUCUAUGGGACCUUCUACUGGCUCACGUUCUGUGUGGUAGUCUUCCUCUAUGUGAGGAUCUACCUCUUCGUGAAACACUCAGUCGUGACAAUGGCAGCGAAUCAAAACCUUGCCAACCCUGGGCAGUACGUGUCAGAAAGGGUAAUCAAACAAACCAAACACAUGUUCAUCAUCUUCAUCACAUUUACUGUGUGCACUGCUCCGAGUGUGCUGUUGUACAGUAUCAAUGUACAUGUGGACUUCUUGCCGUUUGGAGUGAUAGUAGUGUCGUUCAUGCUGUACCGCUUGAACUAUGUCCUGAACCCUUUCCUGUACGCAUGGAAGCUGCCUUUGUUCAAGCGUGCUUUUAAGGCGCUCAUUCGCUGCAAGCGGCAGCUGCCGUUUCAGCCCGGAGCUCAUGUGAACUAACCGCCAACACUCUUACGUAGCUGCCGGGGUUGGCUCGGUUUGCACAGGAUGUCUGUGGGCGCGCGGUUCCGGCGCUAUAUCUAAGGGUGCGGUCACAUAGGUCGUGCGAUAGUCGUACGAUUCUGAUUCCGUAGGAUUUUCAAGCAGGCCGUGGCAGAACCAACCACCCACAUGGAUCCAUUUUGUGUACCAAGACAGUUGAACUUUGCAGCAGACGUACAUUUUCGUCCCCCAAAAUGCCCAAAGUUAGCGAUCGUACGACGAUCGUACGGCCUAUGUGACCUUGUGGUCUUGAUUUUUGCAUUCAGGUCGCUGUCAAUACAAGGAAGAGGUGUUUGGGUCCCCUGGUAGCUCGCAAUGAGACUGCAGGGGAGUUUAUUUUAAAAUCUUUCAAGGAGCAUAACUGAACAAAGGGACGACGGUAUUUGUUGUUGGUGUAUUUACUAGUAAUCAAAAUUUUGAAUGCUCAAAUCACCAAACUUGUUCAAGUUUCUGACCAUCCUGUAUGUAUCGCGUAUAGGCCGGCGCCCAUCUCCAUUUUUCUAUAGAUCUUGGACCACACAGCAAGAACUACAGCAACGGGACAAUCCACUAGUAGGGGCCUUGAACACAAAUAUCAAGAUUGGAAAUAGAUUGCACACAAAGACAUACAUUUUUGUAAUGAUCAUUGAUCAUAUCAGUAGAAUCUAAUAAAAUGUGCAAUACUCAAAGUCACCACCCUACAUACACUAGUACGGCACGGAUAGAAAAUGAAUAGGCCUUACGUUGGGAGUAUGAAGACUGAAAGCGUUUAAUUGAUGGGACAAUUCCUGAGUGAAAAACGUGAUUGGGGGCAUUGUAGUAGGUAGACAAAGACAUAGGUUACCUAGGAAAAGAAUGUCUAUAUCGUGGUCUACGAGUCUUAGAAGCUAUUCGACUAGAAUGCACGCUGCGCUAAUGGUUAUACAUUGAGCACAAGAAGUGCCCAGGGAUGUUGUUGGACUUAUUCUGUGGUUUGAUUUAAUGACAGCAUGCCAUGAUCAUGUGACGUGCAAUGGUCGUUUUUGCUAGCAGGCGAGAUUACCAACAUUGCCUCGGUUUUAUUUAGGGUGAGUUUCGGUCCGAGCAUUCCACCUGGAUAUCACUCCGUUUUGACUCUGAUUGACCUCUUUGGGGUUUUGUAAGCGAAGUUGUUAUAUCAUGUACCUUGAUUAUUAAAAAAAAUUGUAGCAGCACUACAAUUUACUUAUUAAUACCUGAUGACACAAAUCAAGAGCUGGAAGUAUGGAUUUUGAUGGUUCGACGUGAAAUGAUAUCAGAAGAGUGUGUACGUAUUUAAAGUAGGCGUUCAUUUUCUUUGAAUUAUCAUAUUCUUGUUGAAAGUAAUAUGCUGCACUUUGAUGUCAUGAACACAUAAAUCGUGUACAUUGUACCGAUGUGGACCGUAUUUCACCAGCUGUUUCUGUAUUGCUUUGCUAAUGUUGAAUGCUACAUGUUUGAAAAGACCGUUGCUAUUUCGGAAUUUUAACUUCUUGUCAUUCAAGAUUGCUAUGAUUAGGAUAUCCGUAUCGGGCAUUGUGGAUGGAUAAAAUGUUGAAAUAUAAUAGUACUUGUCCAAAUCUUCGCUUUACA